GAAACGUCAAAAAAGUUGCCUGAAGAAGCGGGCCGUUUGUUUUCUCUUCAUUUUAAUUGAAAUAAACAAUUAGAAUCUAAUAUAAAUUAAUCAUGAAGUUAACAGUGGAUGGUUUACUGGUUUAUUUCCCUUACGACUAUAUUUACCCUGAGCAAUAUGCUUAUAUGUUGGAACUUAAACGAGCCCUGGAUGCUAAGGGUCACGGGCUGUUGGAGAUGCCUUCUGGAACAGGGAAAACUAUAUCGCUUCUAUCCCUGAUAGUUGCCUAUAUGGUUCACAACCCACAUCAUGUCAGGAAGCUGAUUUACUGCUCCCGUACAUUGCCUGAGAUUGAGAAAGUUCUGGAAGAGUUGAAGAACCUUGUCAAGUAUUAUGAAGAACAGCAGGGAGAGAAACCGAACCUCGUUGGUCUCGUACUCAGCUCACGGAAGAACCUCUGCAUACACCCUGAUGUGUCAAAAGAACGCGAGGGUAAGCUGGUGGACGGCCGCUGCCACUCGCUGACCGCCAGCUACAUUCGGCAGAAACACGAGACUAACAAUGAGAUACCUAUAUGCCAGUUCUAUGAAGGGUUCAGUCGUGAAGGCAAGGAGUCAAUGUUACCAUACGGAGUGUACACUAUGGAUGAUCUGAAACAGUAUGGGGCUGAUAGAAACUGGUGUCCGUAUUUCCUCUCUAGAUUUGCUAUAAUCCACGCCGAGAUAGUGGUAUACUCGUACCACUACCUGCUCGACCCGAAGAUAGCCGAAGUGGUGUCGAAGGAACUAAACAAGCAAGCGGUGGUGGUGUUCGACGAGGCCCACAACAUAGACAACGUGUGCAUAGACUCGCUCAGCGUCAAGAUCACGCGGCGCACCAUAGACAGGAGCACGCAGGCUCUCACCUCUCUCGAGAACACUGUCGCACAGAUCCGGCAGGAGGACGCAGCGCGGCUGGCGGCGGAGUACGAGGCCAUGGUGGAGGGGCUGCGGGAGGCGCAGCUGCAGCGCGACACCGACCUCAUCCUCGGGAACCCCAUCCUGCCCGACGAGGUGCUCAACGAGGUAGUGCCGGGUAAUAUUAGGAACGCGGAACAUUUCCUCGGCUUCCUGAGAAGGUUUAUAGAAUACCUGAAGACUAGACUGCGGCUCCAGCACGUGGUUCAAGAGUCACCAGCGGGUUUCCUGAAAGACGUGGCAGCGCGCGUGUGUAUAGAACGCAAGCCGCUCAGGUUCUGCGCGACCCGGUUGGCCUCCCUCAUGAGGACCUUGGAGAUCCCGGACCCCUCCGACUUGGGGUCCCUCACACUGAUAACACACUUGGCCACACUAGUGUCAACGUAUACAAAAGGGUUCACGAUCAUUAUAGAACCUUUUGAUGAUAAAACCCCAACAGUGUCGAACCCUAUUCUGCACUUUUCAUGUAUGGACUCUUCAAUAGCGAUGCGACCCGUGUUCGCCAGGUUUCAAAGCGUCAUCAUCACGUCUGGCACGCUAUCACCCCUGGACAUGUACCCAAAGAUCCUGGACUUCAACCCCGUCGUGAUGAGCUCGUUCACCAUGACGUUAGCCAGGCCCUGUAUACUGCCCAUGGUGGUGUCAAAAGGUAGCGACCAAGUGGCGAUCUCCUCUAAAUACGAGACAAGAGAAGAUGUGGCGGUCAUCAGAAAUUAUGGACAGCUACUUGUUGAGAUCGCAGCGGCGGUCCCCGACGGCGUGGUAUGUUUCUUCACGUCAUACCUGUACCUGGAGAGUGUGGUCGGCGCCUGGUACGAUCAAGGCGUAGUGGCGAGUUUACAACGGCACAAGUUGCUGUUUAUUGAAACGCAGGAUGCCGCUGAGACCAGUUUCGCUUUAAUUAAUUAUAUUAAGGCGUGCGAGAGCGGGCGCGGCGCGGUGCUGCUGUCGGUGGCCCGCGGGAAGGUGUCGGAGGGCGUGGACUUCGACCACCACCUCGGCCGCGCCGUGCUCAUGUUCGGCAUCCCCUACGUGUUCACACAGAGCCGCAUACUCAAGGCGCGCCUCGAGUACCUCAGGGACCAAUUCCAGAUUCGCGAGAAUGACUUCUUGACGUUCGACGCGAUGAGACACGCCGCACAGUGCGUUGGGCGGGCAUUGCGAGGCAAGACGGACUACGGCAUAAUGAUCUUCGCGGACAAGCGGUUCAGCCGCGCGGACAAGCGCACCAAGCUGCCGCGCUGGAUACAGGAGCACCUCAAGGACUCGCUCACCAACCUCUCCACGGAGGAGGCAGUGCAGAUUUGCAAGCGCUGGCUGAGGCAAAUGGCGCAACCGUUCACGAGGGAAGACCAGCUCGGCGUGUCACUGCUCACCCUCGCACAGCUACAGUCGAAGGAACAACAGGAUAAGAUUGAGAAACAAGUCAUACAAAAAUGAAAUGACCUUAGAUUUAAUGAGGAAAUUGUGCAAAUCAUCAGAAUGAACAUACCACGUAAGACGUAUAUGCUCAUCGUGUGUACGAGUUUAGGUGUAGGACGUUUACAUGCGUAUAGGACGUGUACGUGCGUAUAGGACGUGUACAUGCGUAUGGGACGUGUGCAUGCGUAUAGGACGUGUGCAUGCGUAUAGGACGUGUGCAUGCGUAUAGGACGUGUGCAUGCGUUAUGGGACGUGUGCAUGCGUUAUGGGACGUUUGCAUGCGUUAUAGGACGUGCACUUACGUAUAGGAUGUAUAUAUUAGUCUAACUACAAUACAAUUCAUUGUCUUGUUAAGACAGGUAAAAUGUUUUACUAACAUUGUGGUAUGUUAUGUAUGUUUUAGUUAUAAGAAAAUGUUUCAAUAAAACAUAUUUUUAAAGCUU